AACUGGGAAUCACGUUUGAUUGGCUGAUUCUCGUCCAGCUGGUUACUUUUGCCCAAUCCCCGUGUAGAGCGCUUACUGGGCGGUCUAAGGUAGAAACACAAGUUGCUCCAUCACGUUGCGCACAUGGUGAAGGAUGUGACUUCGCCACACCCCAGCUGAUCCAGCGUUCCAGUUUGAAGGCACUGCUUGUGUAACAGCUGGAUCAGCCAGUGGCACCGGUGGCAAUUAGCUGCGAGAAGGUUGUGUGUCCUUCAGCUGUCCAAUAAUGUGCAGGCAAGAAGGCGGCGCAUGCUGCGGUCUUUUUGAGUUGUGAUACUACAGGACUGAAUCGUAACUUAGUUCUAUGUCGACAGACGACACUCAGGCAAGCCGGAGGAGGCCGAAUGUGUCCUCUUUAAAAAUGGGUUUAUUUCUUUACGUAGCGGGUCCUGUCAAGCCUACCGAGGCUACGAGCAACGAGAAUGUAGUGCACUGUGAUGGGCUGAACAACGAGAGCUAUGUGUGUGAAGUGGGCCACUGCUGUGGGAACUCUCAGUGCUGCAGCUACUACUACGAACUCUGGUGGUUCUGGUUGGUCUGGGCCAUCAUCUUCAUCCUGAGCUGCUGCUGUGUGUGCCACCACCGCCGCACCAAACACCGGCUGCAGCAGCAGCAGCGGCAGCACGAGAUCAACCUCAUCGCCUACCGCGAGGCCCACAACUUCACCUCCAUGCCUUUCUACCUAAGGUUCCUCCCCAACUACCUGCUUCCAGACUACGAGGAAGUGGUGAACCGACCCCCCACCCCUCCUCCCCCCUACAGCGCCCUGCACCCGGGCUUGUCCGCCCCCCCGAGCGCCCACAGUCCGGUGGACCAGCCCAGCAGCCUCUUGCUGCCCCCCUCUCUCCAGACCUCCCCUAAUGCCGCCCCGACUCCGGACGCCCUCUCCUCUCGGGCCGGUCCUGAAGACAUCGACCCUCCGCAGGGCUACCAGCACAAGGCCCUGGAGGAGCCGGUGGACCUGGAGAAGCGCAGGAGCAGCAGGGGGAGCACUGGCAGCAGCGGAGACCUCCAGAAGGAGCCGCUGCUCAGAGAGCUGCUGCCUCAGGCGGACGAGAAGGAGAGGGCAGGGGGGCGACACCGGCGCUUCACCGGCGACUCGGGGAUCGAGGUCUGUGUGUGCAGACGCGGCGGGGGAGGGGUUGUAGGCGGGGUCGGAGGUGGGGGUCACGGGGGCUCGCCGGAGAUCCAUGAGCCCAAAGCGGAAUUGGAAGGGCUGCUUAGCACCGCCGAGGAGCGAGAUGACUGUGACGGCAGCGACGGUGGCGGCAGCGCCGUCGUCAUCGGCAGCGGUUGCCCGGACGACUUCUGCGAGGCCUGCAGCCGUCGUUCUGUCACCCUCAACGAGGGGCAAGUUGGUGUGGAGACGAGAGGGGCAGAAAGCAGCGGGGUGUCGCCCUCGCCCCAGCUACCUCCGCCUGUGUGCCUCUUUCUGCACACCAUCAAUGAGCAGGAGACGCCACAGGGCACCGGCACAGAUUCGCAAAGCUGAGCACCAGGUCCCUCCAUCUGGGACAGAGGCAGCGAAAGAGAUUGAGGGAGAGAGAGGGAGAGAAAGAAAGAACAGCAUUUUGUUUGAUGCCUGAUGUGUAACGUAUAGAUUAUUUUUUCCAAAGUGUGCGUGCUUGAACUUGAGUGAGGUGAGUGUGUGUGUGUGUGUGUGUGUGUGUGUGUGUGUGUGUGUGCGCGCACAGGAAGAUGUUUGUUGCUGUUCUCAUCACGACGGGAGGUUGGAGCAUUUUUGUGCUGAAGCACCUUCUACUCACUGUGCGUGUGUGUGUUUUGCCACAGUGGCCUUCUGAUGGUGUUGUGAGGACGCUCCUGGCGCUCCUUCCAUUCUCUCCGGAGCCUGUUCACAUGUGGCCCCCGAGGACGCGGCCCCGGCUUCGGAUCCUUUUGGAGACGAGACGGGCAGACAACAGGGACGGCUCGGAGCCAGACAGACUGUUCCUGGCUAAAUGUUUCUAUGGACUCUGCAGUGCCACCAAGUGGUUUCAUCAGUGACUAAUAUUCAGUCUACUUUAUUGGGGUGUGUGUGUGUGUGUGUGUGUGUGUGUGUGUGUGUGUGUGUGUGGGGGGGGGGGGGGUUGUCCAGCACAAGUCAGCAUACCACAAGACAAGUGCCUUUUUUGCAGAUGCAGUCCAAAGCUGUGUGUGUCGUCACUUUUUGCACAACAGGUGCUUUUUAUUUCAUUACACACCAGACAGCAAAAGAAGGUUGUGUUUUAUUUUGUAUUAUAUAUAUAUAUAUAUAAUAGAGAUCACGCACGUUAACCAAAACGACUACAACACGAUUCAUGUUUUGCACUUACUUGUUUUGUUUUCAACUGAAUGAGUCCACUUACAUUUCUUUCCUUUGUCGUCCGUGUGUCUCUGAAAAUAUCUGUACAGUCUUAACCCCCGGCGGGACCCUCAUUAGUGUGUCUCAUCACAGUUUGUACAAUGACAUCUCUGUGAAGACAUUUUGGACACCACUGAUAAAGUUUGUGGUUUAGCUUAAGUGCUUCCUCAGCCACAUUGCCACUUGCUUUUGCGUGAAGAUAGCCCAUAUGGGGAAAAUUCUGUAAAAUUCAUAUAUGUUCAUUUUUAUGUAGUAUAUAAGACAACAGUGUGUUAACACACAUAAUUAUGACCCCUAUUCAUACAUAGUAACCUAGAAAAAUUAUGACCUACCAUGAAUGUUGAAAGGCAUUGUGACAUUUUCGUACGAAAUGUAUAUGCUAGCUCUUCUCCACAGAUUCAUCAUGCAAGUAUUGUACAUGACAAGUGUGAUUCCAAACUGUUUUUUACAGAGCUUUUCCAUAUGGGUAGUUGCUGGCCCCUGUCAAACAUUGCUAUAAGAUUUGCAGUGUUUUUGACAGACCUUUUCCAGAUGGGAAUGUCUCACACAGGAGGUCCAGGGCUGUACUGUAAGAUGUGGGGGUGUUGGAGUAUCUCAGGUCGACACUGCAAUAAUGGUCCUUUCUGAACCAGAAUGGACUGACAUGUUUGAGAUUUUGUCGUAGGCUACCACCGAUAUCACUUGAACAUAUCUGUCAUGAUGAUGAGGAGGAGGAGAUGGAAGAUGCAGAAGGUGAUGAUGGUGAUGAUGAUGAUGAUGAUAAUGAUUCAGUAAAACUGGGAUUGCGUUACACCCACCUUGUCUGACUCAUCCACCAUCCCAGAUUCUUUGUACACCACGAAGAACCACACAUCUGAAACAGCCUAAAAAAAGAUGAAGAAACACAUUUCUGUUCUCCAAAAUGGCCUGACCAAGGUACAAAUACUCCCUUAUGUUCACAGCGGUUAUCACUUUUACCUUGUGCAGUUCUACAUUUCCACUCGGCAUGGCAACCAGUAUUAAGUUGUUUUGAUUGAGGGACUGGGUAUUAGUUUGUAUAUGCAUCAGCAAAACAAAGGCAAAUGGAGUAUUUUCUUAUGGUCAGUCUCCAUCCUCUUCAUUAUCAUCACCUCCAGCUGAAUCACCAUCUUGUGUCCUCACAUUUUAAAUGGAUUUCCAAAAAAAGAUGCGGUGAUGUCUGUAUGCCUGUUGUGCUUUUGAAAUGCAGUUCUCCAGGUCUAAUUUCUGUAGUAUUACAGAAAAAAACGAUCAGCUUAAUUUUGAUUACUUUAUCGCAUCUGAGUCAGAUGUUGUCUAUACAUGCUUAACAUUUAUAGUAUUGUAUAGAAAUAAUCAGUGAUUAAAGCCUUUGUGGUUAUGUGUAAUGUCAAUAUAAGCUUCUGAACCACUUUUCUUUCUUUGCAAUUAUAGAUAGUGUUAUUGGCUAUAAUAGGUAUCUUGGCCCAAUCGUUUAUGUAUAUGAUGAGUUAUAAAUUACUUCCUUUCACGUUCAACAGAAAAGUAUUGUGUUGUAUCAGUUUUGUAGAUAAAAAGCCUAGAGAAGAUGCGCAUGUUCAUAUCUCAAUAAGGUUGUGGGUGUCUGUAUGACUGUCCGCACUCAGACUGUUUUGUAUUCAGACAAACUUAUCGCCAAAAAGAAUAUAACAAUGUUAAAUAAAAAGACAUUUAUUUAAGUCUAAA